AUACAAAGAUGAAAAAUCUUAAGAAUACAUAUAUACCUAAGCUAAAUAAGAAUAACAAUAAUAUUUAGAAGAAAAAAAUAUUGAGAAAUUAUAUGAAUCGAUAAUAAUAAUAAUAAUAAGUGCAAAAGAAGAAAAUUUAUUUAGUGCCAAAAGUUUGAGCAUCAAAAAAAAAAUAAAUACAGAAAUACAAAUAUGUGAGUGAUGACACCUGAAAUGAGUUUCUAAGAAAAUAAAAAGAAAAAAAAAAUAAUUAACAAAAAUUUAUGUGCUAGACACAUAUAAAAGUCUGUACAUAGAAAAUAAUAAAUACAUAAAGCUGAAUACCCAAUAAAUAUAAUAGUGUAAUAUAAAGAAUACACACACAAGUAAAUAUAAUUUGAAAGAAAAAAAAAAACAAAAAUCAUGUCUGACCAAUUUGUGACGCCACGUUUGCGUACGGUCUUAAAGACGUACCAAAACAGUGCAACAAAAAGUCUACAAGGUCCCGGACUGACGCUCAUCCAUCCACACAAGAAGGAAAUCGAGUCGCCAGAAUCAGGAGAUGAGCACAUGUCGCACCUGUCACCAAUGCCACCACCUCCUGCCCCAAUAAUACUGCCACAUCCGAUUCUUACGGCACCCGAUUCACGUACAGGCGUACUACAUAAGACACUUAUCGAGGGCAAGUUGAUUGGAAGCUUUGAAUUAGGUGGAGAAAUGCGCUUGUGUCUCGCACAAUUUUUAAACGAUGUACUCACCGACUUCGGGAUGGACCAGAUAAAUAGAGUCUUUGACGAACUCAGAAUUUUCUGUUCGCAAUGUACGCCGGAGCAGUUGCAGGAAUUUAAGCAUGCCAAAAUUAUACCGACUGUCGUAAGCAGUUGUGGACUCAUUACACGAACUAACGCCGAAAGACUAUGCAGUGCACUACUUCACCUUCCAGAAAGACCAGGAAGCAUGAAAGGUCUUCUUUCCUUCAAAGUAUAUCAUCGGUGCUUCGGCAAGUGUGAGGGCAUUUGUACACCAGAAAUGUAUUCAUUGAAGGAGCCGGCCUGCAUUCAAUGUAUGGAGUGUAAUGGAUUUUUUUCACCGCAGAGAUUUGUGUGCCAUGUACAUCGGCAGGAGAACGAAACAUGUCAUUGGGGCUUUGAUUCGUCAAAUUGGCGUGAUUACAUUCACGUAGAUGUAGAGGAACAAAAUCGGGAAAAGUUUGAGAAACUUUUGGAUGCUUUGAAGGAGCGUGAACGCGAAGAAUUGGAAUACUUGGAAAUUUAUUUGCGAAAACGAGAACAUCUCAAAAGAAAGCCUAUCGAUGAAUCAGCUUUGUCCCCAACAACACUUCACUCCGAGGACAUUCCAUGUGUUAAAAAGCAAAAGUUAUCUCCUGAGGAACUUUCGUCUAUAGAAAUGUAUCACCAGCAUGUCUUGGCCACACAACUGCGCUAUCCACAAAUGUCUGCUGCAUUUAGACCUUGGACAUUACAACAACAACUUGCAGCCGCCACCCGAACACAACAACCACCUCCACAGUCACCUACGAAUAUUGGCUCUGCUGGUGCCAUGAAUUCAAAACGACGAAUUCAUAUGCUUCCAUUUAAUGGUGCGAUGAAUCCCGAGGGUUUUACGGAACCACCAAUUCUCCAAAAUCCAGAUAAAGUUGUACGUAUGACAGACAGUCAAACAUUUCAAUCUAGUCUUCAGCCUAAUGUAGCAUUAGCACCACGUAAAUUGGCCACACUUAAAGAAAAUAUGCACGAUGGCAGUCGAGAAAAAACUGAGAUGAACGGAAGUCGUACUCCGUCAAUGGAUCAUACGAUAAAUAUAAAAAUCGAACCACAAAUUAAACAAGAGCCACCCAGUACACCGCCAGACAUGAUUCAAUCUCCUGAUAUUCGAUACUCUCCAGCGGGAACAACAACACAUCACCGGUCUAGUACUGAUGUAACACCAGUAGUGAGUCCCGAAUUAUCGCAAUCUGGCUCCAAUGAAAUUACAUCUUCGACCUCUCCUGUACCUGCCCUAACUCAUGAUAACAAUACCAUCGUUAAAAAACAAGAAAGUCUGAGUCCUUCUCCCAAUGAACAAGCGAGUCAAGAAGAAAAUCGGAUACAUCACAAUCUUCACGUAAAUUCAGGAGAUUCAAUUGGUGUUGGACAAAAUGCUGGUCAUAUUAUGCAUCAGCAUCAUAUCCAUCAUCAUCAUGAGACGAUGAGCCGUUUACGACAUGGUACAACUAUCCCCUCAGAUAAUAUGCAUCAUAGAUCUCAAUCUUUAUCGAAUUCUCCUUCUGUUAAAAUGAAUGGCGUUGUCUCUACCAUGGUCGGUACAGAAUUAGAGCUAAGUACAGAUACAGAUGACGAAAGUAUUGCUGGUGAGCCGGAUAGUAGUAAUACUCCUUAUGAAAUUCCAAGUGAGUUUCUCAAAGAUGUUCGUCCAGAUCAUCGUGAAAAACUAAUAAAUGUCAUCAAAGCGCUGGUCCAAGAAAAUGUGGUAUCACGGCAAGAAAAUGAAGCUAUUCGCAUCGAGUUACAACGAAAAUGUGAUCAAUACGAUGAGCUACUUCAAAAAUAUGAAUCGAUUCAGCAACAAUUAGAUCACGCCUUUAAUGAUGUCUCAAAAAACCGACAGCAACUAAGUUCUGGUAACAAUGUUUCUGCAAAUGAUAAUGCAGAUACAAAAAAACUUGAACCUUCUGUGAUAACGACAAAAAGGCCAGAAAUAAAUAACUUUAAUAAUCACGAUGUCUCACUAAGUUCACAUGUAAACCAUUCUAACGAAAGGCGUAACGGUUAUUCAAACAGUGUAGAUGUUGAAAUUAUCAAGAAAACCAUUAAACAUAGUACGGACGAUACAGUUGUUAUUAUGCCUUCCAAAAGAGACGCUGAAAUUAAGCUCACGACAAAUACAGAGCUAGUUAGAAGUACGGUUAACUGAUAGCAAUUUGCUGUUGUGCGAUACUAAUCAGCACUAAUAAUUGAAUCAUUUUAAAAGAACUCAAAAAGGAUUUGCAGUUUUCUUCUUAUAAUUUUUAAGAGUACUUUGUAUAUAUCUAUCAAUUGUACAAAACUUAUUAAUUAUUAUCACCCACCAACAUUUACCUCCUUCAAAAGGGUAAAAUAUUACAAAAUGGCAAAUUUUUUAUUAUUCUUCUUUUUUGUGAUUUUUAUCAUUGUUUUCUAAAACCACAAAUAUGACAAAUUUAUUUGAAAUCGUCCAUUUUUUG